AUGGCGUCCGAGUUUCUGGCCAUUCCCGGCUCGCCCGCAUACUCGACCUUCCGCCUAGUCGAGAUCAAAGACGCCCUCAACACAGCCCUCGCUGGCGCCGCCGUCGUCAAGAGCAUUGCAUCGCUCUACGUGCACUACGUGUGCCCCACUGACGCUGCGGCCGCCCAGGUGCUGUCCCAGUCCGGCAGCGCCGAAAGGAGGUAUCUGGAGCAGCUGCUGCACUAUGGCGAGGAGGACAAGGACACGGAGAGGUUGGUGAGGGUUGUAACUGGCACGGGGAAGGCAGAUGGGUCAGUCUGGUGGGUGUGUCCGAGGGCGGGCACGAUUAGUCCAUGGUCGUCGAAGGCGACGAGUAUUGCGGCGGUGUGUGGGUUGAGCGGUGUCAAGAGGAUUGAGAGGGGCGUGCUGGUGGAGGUGGUGUUUGAGGAAGGGAGGGAGUGGACUGGCGCGGGGUUCCCUGGUGCGGAGGCGGUCUAUGAUCGCAUGACACAGACCCUCUCGCUGCAGCCUCCAACGUUCGAGGCGCUCUUUGGAACUCACGACCCUCUCCCAGUCGGCCGUGUAGACCUCCACUCCGCAACCUCAACACCCCUAGAGUCCCUACAGAAGGCAAACAAGGAGCUCGGCCUCGCACUCGACCAGAGUGAGAUCUCGUACCUGCUUGAUGCCUUUUCAGCCACCGGCCCGUGCCCACGCGACCCCUACGACGUCGAGCUGUUCAUGUUCGCGCAGGUCAACUCGGAGCACUGCCGCCACAAGCAGUUCAACGCCUCAUGGACCAUUGACGGCCAGCAGAAGCCGAACUCUCUCUUUGGCAUGAUCAGGAACACGCAUAAGCUCUCGCCGGACCACACCGUCUCGGCGUACUCAGACAACGCGGCGGUCUUACAGGGGAAUGAGGCGGUGCAUUGGGCGCCCGAUGUGAACGGGGAAUGGAAGCAGACGAAGGAGAUGGUCCACUUUGUGGCCAAGGUCGAGACACAUAACCAUCCGACUGCGGUGUCGCCGUACCCCGGUGCGGCGACGGGAUCGGGCGGCGAGAUUAGAGAUGAGGGCGCGGUGGGCCGCGGGUCGAAGCCGAAGGCGGGAUUGGCGGGGUUCAGUGUGUCAGAUUUGCUGAUUCCGGGCCACCGUCAGCCGUGGGAGAUUGAUAUGGGGAAGCCGAACCAUAUUGCGUCGCCGAUAGAUAUCAUGCUGGAGGCGCCCAUUGGGUCCGCAGCGUUCAACAACGAGUUUGGAAGGCCGUGCAUCAUGGGGUACUUUCGCACGCUGACGACAAGGGUUGCAGAUGGGAAGGGCGGGGAUGAGGUCCGCGGGUACCAUAAGCCUAUCAUGCUAGCGGGAGGCCUGGGAACGGUCCGCCCGAUCCAUGCGAUCAAGGAACCCGGCAUGAUUGAGCCCGGGGCAUAUCUGAUUGUGCUUGGAGGCCCGGCGAUGUUGAUUGGACUUGGAGGUGGUGCGGCGUCGUCGAUCGCAUCCGGUGAGGGGAAUGUGGACUUGGACUUUGCAUCGGUCCAGAGAGGGAACCCGGAGCAGCAGAGGAGGGCGCAGAUGGUGAUUGAUGCCUGUGUUGCCCUUGGUGUCAACAACCCUAUCCGCUCCAUCCACGAUGUUGGUGCUGGUGGUCUCUCGAACGCGCUGCCGGAGCUGGUGCAUGAUGCGGGCUUGGGCGCGGAGUUUGAGCUGAGAGAGGUCGAGAGCGCGGAUAAAGGCAUGAGCCCCCUCCAGAUCUGGUGCUGUGAGGCACAGGAGCGCUAUGUCAUGGCCGUCGCGGAGGAGGGUCUCAAGACCUUCGAAACCAUUGCCAAGCGUGAGCGAUGUGGGUUCUCGGUCGUUGGACGAGCCCAGGGCGGGAAAGAGGAGGAGCAGCGCUUGGUGCUUAAGGACCGUAACAGCGAGAAGGACCCGAAGGUCAUUGACCUGCCGAUGUCGACGCUGUUUGGAAAGCCCCCGAAGAUGACCCGUGUGGUGGAGAGCCGCAAGCUGGAUCUCCCGGCGUUCGAUACCACGCUUGAGAGCUACCUUGCGGAGAUUCCGAAGGAGGUCCUCAUCCAGGAGGCUGUCGACCGUGUUCUACAUCUGCCAAGUGUGGGAUCAAAGAGCUUCUUGAUCACUAUUGGAGAUAGGACGGUCACGGGUCUGAUCACGAGAGACCAGAUGGUUGGGCCGUGGCAGGUGCCGGUUGCGGAUGCUGCGGUCACGGCGACGGCGCUCGAGGAGGGUGUGAAGACGGGUGAAUCGAUGGCUAUGGGCGAGAAGCCGACGCUGGCGCUGAUCUCGCCGGCGGCGUCCGCGAAGAUGGCGGUGGCAGAGUCGCUCAUGAACUUGGCUGCCUCCGACAUCCAGGGCGGGCUCCCGAGAGUGCGCUUGUCGGCCAACUGGAUGGCGGCUGGGAACCACGCUGGAGAGGGCGCAGCGCUGUAUGAAGCCGUUGAAGCAAUUGGUAUGGACCUCUGCCCGAAGCUGGGUGUCAGUAUCCCCGUCGGUAAGGACUCAAUGAGCAUGAAGAUGAAGUGGACCGAGCGCGAGACCGGCGCCUCGAAGGAGGUGACGGCGCCCAUCAGUUUGGUGGUUACGGCCUUUGCGGCCGUCGGCGAUGUCAGCAAGACAUGGACACCACAGUUGAGGCGUGUUAGUGAGAUUGGUGAAAGUAAGCUUGUACUGGUUGACCUUGCCGGUGGGAAGAUGGCGAUGGGCGGAAGCGCCGUUGCGCAGGUCUUUGGACAGGUUGGGAACGAGGCGCCGGAUGUCAGGGACGUCGAGGUGUUUAAGGGCUUUUUCGAGGCCUGUGCUGAGGCCCGCGCGAAGGGCAUUGUGCACGCCUACCACGACCGCAGCGACGGUGGUCUGUUCACGACGAUUGUUGAGAUGGCUUUCGCCGGCCGUGUCGGUGUCGAUGUCGAGCUGAAGGAUGUUGCCCGCAAUGGCGAGACCAGCGGCGUGCUCGAGGCCUUCUUCAACGAGGAGCUUGGAGCUGUCUUCCAGGUCAAGGACACGGACGUGGCAGCCUUCACACAGAUCUUUGCGGCGAGGGGCGUCAAGGAUGUCAAGGCCCUCGGGUCCGUCAAGCAGGCCAACGACCAGAAGCUUACCUUUACCUACGACGCUGCCCCUGUGUACGAGGCCUCCCGCGGCACACUGCAGCAGAAGUGGGCUGCCACUUCUCACAUUAUGCAGCGCAUCCGCGACAACCCGGCAUGCGCGGACCAGGAGUAUGGGGCCAUCCUCGAUGAUGCGGACCCAGGUCUUAGCUACAACCUCACCUUCAACCCCAGCGCCCCGCUGUUUGCAACCGUCCCGACUGCGAAGCCCCGUGUGGCCAUCCUGCGUGAGCAGGGUGUCAAUGGACAUGCGGAGAUGGCGUUCGCGUUUAGAUUGGCGGGAUUUACCCCAGUGGACGUGCACAUGACGGAUAUCAUCGACCGCGGCCUCACGCUCGACAGCUUCGUGGGUAUUGCCGCCUGCGGUGGGUUCUCAUACGGUGACGUCCUCGGCGCCGGUGCCGGGUGGGCCAAGUCCGUGCUGCUCCACCAGGGCGCGAGAACCGUGUUUGAGAAGUUCUUUAACCAGAGGACCGACACCUUCGCGCUGGGUGUCUGCAACGGGUGCCAGUUCCUCAGCAGGCUCAAGGAGAUCAUUGACGGCACGGAGAACUGGCCGGUGUUUGAGCGUAACCGCAGCGAGCAGUAUGAGGCCCGCCUAUGCAUGGUGGAGGUCAAGGACGCGGCGGACGAGAAGAACCCGAGCGUGUUCUUGGACGGGAUGUCCGGGUCGUCGUUCCCGAUUGCGGUCGCCCAUGGGGAGGGGCGCGCGACGUUUAAGAGCCAGGAGCACCUGCAGAGACUGCAGGCGCAGGGCGGCGCCGUGGUCAGGUAUGUGGAUGGGAGGGGCAGGCCGACGGAGGUGUAUCCGGCGAAUCCGAACGGGUCGCCGGAGGGUAUUGCGGGUGUGAGGAGUGUGAAUGGAAGGGUGUUGGCCAUGAUGCCGCACCCGGAGAGGACGGUGAUGAGGGAGAGUGUUAGUUAUUUGCCGGAGAGGGCGAGGGAAGAGGCGUGGGAGGUGGGUCCGUGGGUUAGGCUGUUUAGGAGCGCAAGGAGGUGGGUUGGUUAG